AUGAACGUGCGGUUCUGGACAGGCAUGGUGAAUGUUGCUGGGACCACAGUCACCAUGUAUUCGAUGGCUUCGUCAGCGUUUUUUAUUUUUAUUGUCACCAAAGCGUCUUCAAUCCAUGGGAACUUGAGGUUUCUGUUGGUAAGUCCCUUAAUAUUGCAAGAGGGGGCUGGGGAGAGUAGCAGGAGUCUGCAGGUGGUUGUAGUGUCGUAGGGAGGAAAGAAUCCCUCGGGCGGGGAGUUGAGAGCAUAUGAGUCUGUUGGGAAAACAAUGAGCACAAUGACGUUGCGCGGAUCGCGUCGCUGAAGUGAAAAGCAAUUUGAUUUUGCCGGAAACAAUUCAUUUUCUUAGGGGAACUACGCCAAGUGCGACGCUCAGAUUUUAAUGAAACUAAGCACAAAUUUAGAAUAUUUUUCUCUAAGACAUAUUCGAGAAUCCUAGCUCGCGCUUUGCAGAAACAGCCGAGAUUUUUAGGUCGAAAGUCGGUGAAAGUUUAGGACUUUUUGCCGAAUUCCGGCAGGAAAAAUUUCGUACUUAUUUUUACCGUUAAGGGUAAUAUUUCCACAAAAAAUAGUUUUUUUCCGUGCGAAACUAGCGAAGUUAUGGCUAAAAAGUGUUUUUCUCCCUGGCCGCUCUCCACGUUUAGUGCAUUCUGUCGGUCGGCAAAAAAACGUUCAAUACCUCGGCGCACCUGCAAAGCGCGAGCUAAAACUUUCAGGAAUUGAUAUCUAAUCUAUGGCCAUUGUGUGUGCAAAAUUUGAGGGAAAUCUGAGCGUCGCACUUGGAGUCCUUCCCUUGUUAGCAUAAACGCCACUUUCGAGCGACAGAGCACUCGUUAUCUUCCCGAUAAUUUGAUAUAGUCACAUACAUGUGUACACAUAAUACAACAGCCUUGUAGAUUCUCGUUUCCUUCGAACUCCGUCUUCUUGCCAUCCCUCGGCUUCUCACCGACGCUUUCCAAUCACUAGUCGGCGAAGGCCUGGUUACGGAGACCGUCUGCACUUCCAUGAGCUUUGUGCAUGCCUUUGGAAUGGGGCUUGUUCAGUUUUCUUUUGCCACAGUGAUUAUUGAGCGCGCUAUUGCCACAAAAUACCAUAAAAGCUACGACAACUGGGACACAACGUUGACGAGGGUGCUGGUGGCGUUGCUGGUGAUCUACGCCUUCGGCUAUGCGCUGGCUGUGUUUGUUCUGAGCGGGUUCGGACUUGUCGAGGAGCACUUUUCGGAUUGCGUUUUGAUGAACCGGUUCCCGGUGUUCUACGUGUACAGGUGAGUGUAAUUCAAUUCACUGAAGGUAGAUUGCCUUUGCAAAGGAUUUCUGGUAGUUCACAACGGAUUUUUAGGAAAAAACAGUCUGUCGGGAAAAUAAGGUUGGCGAAAUUAUGGCAUAUUUUUUAAGAUGCCCCUAGGUUUUUAAUUAAAAUCAAUUCAAACUGACAAGAUUAUCAGUCUGUCGGAAAAAUAAUGAGAACUCUGUCCCAUCAAAAAUCGCACCGCCGCCGAGAAAAUGAAUUGUGUUGCGGCAAAAUCAAAUUGUUUUUGAAUUCAGCGACGGGAUUGGCGCAGCGACAUUGUUCCCACAAUUUCCCUGACAGUCUGACAGUCAAGAUAUUUAAUUUUGAGCAUGACAUAUCUUUGAUAAAUAAAAUACAAACGAAAUCCAAGAACGGUCCUUCUGAUAUGAGGUGUGUAAAUGACGACUGCGGAUAUACAGAAUACUAUCAGUCUGUCGUGAAAAUAAUGUGAAGCUGGUGUAUUAAAAUGCCUCGCCACGUUGCAGUCGGGCUUCAAAUCUCCAGCCGCUGCUGGCCAUCGCAAAGCAAUGACGGACUAUUUCAAGGCGCGAAAAAUGCACAUUAUUUUUCCGACAGACCUAUUUCUUUCUUGAAUUGCCCACUCAAUUUUCAGCUGGUUCAUAUUCGGCCUGAAUAUGGCGUUUGGCGCGGGACCGACAAUUUAUUUGUACCACUACAACAAGAAAAUGAGCUUACGGAGAGGCGAGGGGACUCUAACCACAAGAUAUCAGUAUCACGACAACGUCGUUGUAUUGCGAAUUUUCACUCCGUUGAUUGUUGUUGGGGUGUUCGGAGUGGGAUUUCUCUGCAUAGUUAUCGUCGGCACCGUCGGAAUGAAAAUGGUGCAUGGAGAGAAGCUGGAUGAACAGAUGUACCUGUUCUUAAAGGUGGGUGGGAAAUCGUUGUUUCGGGGUUAAAUGGAUACGUCUUUGUGGCAUUUCUUUGUGUCGAUUUUCAUGCAAAUCUGACUGUCGCAUUUUGGCACAAUCCCGGUUAUGGUACGACUCAAUAUCACUUUUUUUCAGACCACCUUUGUCAUGACUGAUUGUUGCGCCGCUGCCUACGAAGCUGCCUUUCUCCGAUACCAUCCAGUGCUCUAUUGUUCGACGAGACGUUAUCUCCCGUGCGUUCGACGAACACGACCCAAAACUGAGAACUCGUUGAGUGCAAGGCCGGUCGAGGAAGGCGAGGAGUAUUUCAAACAGCUCAAUAAAGUUUGGGGAUAA